AAUGUCUGAAUAGAUCUGGCAAUGUGUUCGCCAUUUUGUUUCAUCCUCGAAAAUAGAAAAUUUUGUGGUAGUAUACACAAGAAAUCAAGUUUGCAAAUUUUGCAUUUCUUUUAGAAAAUCUAUUGUAUCAGAGAAAACUCUUUAAAAUGUCUGAUAUUGUAAAAACUGAAGAUGGAGCUAAAAAAGUAGUUAACAUCGACUUGUCGGAAGAAAGACCAAGUUCUCCUAAAACAACGGAUGAUCAAGAUAUCUGCGAGUUGGAACAUUUGCGCAAAUUAUUCGUUGGAGGUCUAUCGGGGAAUACAACUGAGACAAGUCUAAAAAGUUUUUAUGGUAAAUGGGGCAAUGUAGUAGAUGCCGUGGUAAUGCGUGAACCGACAUCCAAACGUUCUCGUGGUUUCGGUUUUAUUACAUACACUAAAGCCUCUAGCGUUGAUGAAGCCCAGAAAAAUAGGCCCCACGUUAUAGACGGCAAGACUGUCGAUCCAAAACGCGCCCUACCUCGUCCCCAACGGGAAACUCGCGAAACAAAUAUUUCGGUUAAAAAGCUUUUCGUUGGAGGUUUGAAGGAUAAUCAUGACGAGCAAAGCCUUAAAGAAUACUUCUCGCAAUUCGGUAACGUUAUAUCAGUAAAGAUCCUGACGGAUAGAACAACUGGAAAGCGUCGAGGAUUUGCGUUCAUAGAAUAUGAUGAUUACGACUCCGUUGACAAAGCAAUACUACAAAAAGUGCACACAAUUAAAUACGUUGUGAUUGAUGUUAAAAAAUCUGUGUACAAGCAAGGCCCUGAAGAAAAAGAGCCCGAAAAUAACAAAGAUGGACCAAAACCAGUGCAAGGGAUUCAAAAACCAGCAGCUAAUAAUCGGCCCCCACCACCACAGACACCAAUGCCACCUUAUCAACCGGGACCGCCAGCUCCAUACCCACAGGCUGCCCCAUACAAUUAUUGGGGACCUCCACAGUAUCCAGCACCACCGCAAUAUGGUCCAUAUCCACAGCCACCCGCCAAUGCGUGGAAUACCCAAAAUGGCUGGAAUGGUUGGAACGCAGGACCCCCAACACCACAAAGUGGCGCACCGCCGAACAAUUGGUAUCCACCAAAUCAGUGGCAACCAAGCAAUGUGCCACCACCAAAUGGCCCGGCACCGCCCGCAAGCUGGAAUGCACCACCAAGUGUACCGCCCCAACAGCAAGGACCGCCCCAACAGCAAGGACCGCCAGCUAAUUUCGGUGCCGGUUAUCAGCAAAACUAUGGCGGCGGUCCGACUAAACAUAGUGCACCAAACCCCAACAAUCGCAUGCAUCCAUAUGGUCCACCACGAAAUUCUAAUUAUGCUAAUGGUAACCAGCCACCACCACCACAGGGAUUUAAUGGAUAUGGGCCAAAUAACCCACCCGCAGGGCCUAUGCCAGCUGCUAAUAACGGUCCACCAGUCGGGCCGCCAGUUAACAAUGCUGCACAAAUGGCUAAUAAAUUUAGGCGUUGAAACUUAAAGGUAUAAUACCGCAAGCUCAGUUUAGAAGAAAUGCUUAAUUAUAAAACACAGAAGGGCUUUCCUGUUUUGUCUAUUACACUAAUAGGUCAAUGCAUAAAAGGAUUAUUAUUUUAGAACUAAGCUAUAUAUCGAUAUACGAUAUACAUAUAUACAUACUUUAAAUAUAGAUAUACUUAUUCAAAUACUUUCUGAAUAGGAUACUUUAUGUUACAAUAACAUUGUUACUAGUUUUAAUUAAAUACUUAACACAAAUUUGAAAGUUUAUGGUUAUAUAAGAUAUAUCGAAAUUUAUAUGUAUGCCAAUUUUUUCGUUUCGGAAAAUGUAUGGAGCAUUCUUAGGGCUUUUUGAGAGUUGUAAUGAAUGCGUAAGCUUUACCUUUAAAUUGAAAAUGUUCAUAUUAAGUCUAACUUAUAAUUGCACAUGUUUGGCAAAAGUUGAUAGGUAAGUUUAUCCAUGCAUGGUUAAUUGAUAUAAAGGAAUUAUAAACUUAGUUUAGAAUAAAAAUAAAAACUGACCUAGACUUAUGUAUUACUAUGUAGAACCAUUGAAAUUAUGUUAUUGAAACUACAUAUAAAUUAAAAUGUAUAUGACAGCUCUUUCGGAUAUAUAACCAGAUUUAUUUCACACAUAACAAUGUUCAAGAACACACAAGUUCGACGAAGCUACUUUUUAUAAUUUGAAAGAUUAUCAGUAAAGCUUAGCACAUUGGAUACGUUUGAUUAUCAUAGAUUAUCAGUAAAGCUUAGCAUAUUGGAUACGUUUUAAUAUUUAAUUGUUAAUAAAAUUAAACACAUGUUUACUUGCUUAAAAUUGUAUAUAAAAUUGCCGUUUGACCGAAUAUAUACUAUAAUUCACCCAACAAUUCUUUAGGAACCAAUCAAAAAGUACCAAAUACAUACAUAGUUUUAUGUAGAUUUAUAUCAAAAUAUUUUACAAGUAUUUUAUAACAGCAAAUAAUAAAUAAAACUAGGAAAUGGUUAAGAAGGUUCUAUGUAUUUUCAGAAGCAGACCAUAUGUAUGUUUACUAGUUUUAUCAAAUAAAGUAAAUUUAAUCAAAUAAUUAAUACCAUUUUAUGUAUUUAUUUUAUUACAUUACAUACAUACAUUUAAUAACGUAUACGUAAUUAGGUACAAUACAAUAAUUAAAGUAUACAGGUAAAGCGAAUUAAGUUUGCUGUAAACAAAGAAUUUGGUCCAUAGGUAUAUAUUUGAUAGGAGACUAAUAACUUAAUCCGUUUAAAUACUAAAACAUUUUUGUAUGUAUGAUAUAAACUAUUUUCAUCUCAUUUUAUGAAACGGGCCGCCUGCAAAAGUUUCAGGAAAACAAAUAGCCCAACAGUGAAGAUGGCGUGGCUUGUCAAGACCGAUUGGACAAAACUAUGAGGAUUACUUUCGGUUUCUGUAAAGACUAUUUGCCGCGCAUU